UUUUGACCAUUCUAUUGUCUAUUGAAUGAAACAUUUCCAGAUAGAGAGUAAUAUUGUCCGCUGCCCAAAUCAUGAGUAUGCAGAAAAAAUGAUUGCCGCCAUUGAUGCUGUACGAGUGAGAGGGGAUUCUAUUGGUGGUGUCAUCACAUGCAUAGCAAGAAAUGUUCCACGUGGGCUUGGUUCACCUGUCUUUGAUAAGCUUGAAGCCGAGCUGGCUAAAGCUGCAUUGUCCAUACCUGCAACAAAAGGAUUUGAAUUUGGAAGUGGUUUUGCAGGUACGCUUUUGACUGGGAGUGAGCAUAAUGAUGAGUUCUUUAUAGAUGGACAUGAGCGAAUUAGGACAAGAACAAACCAAUCUGGUGGGAUCCAGGGUGGAAUAUCCAAUGGAGAAAUAAUAAGCAUGAGAAUAGCUUUCAAGCCAACGGCCACAAUCACAAGGAAACAACAUACAGUUACUAGAGAUAAGCAAGAGACGGAGCUUAUAGCCCGAGGUCGUCAUGAUCCUUGUGUUGUCCCUCGAGCGGUGCCAAUAGUGGAGGCUGCGGUAGCCCUGGUGCUUGUUGAUCAACUGAUGGCACAGUAUGCACAAUGUAAUUUGUUCCCGAUUAAUCCAGCACUACAGGAACCGAUGGAGUUACCAAGAUUAGAGUCUGCCGGCGUUCCCCUGUGAAAGGCUGCAAAGUGGCCGUGUUGUCUCCUCCAUUAUUACCUUUCGCCAAGCUAAUGGUGAUUUGCGUAACAAUAAGCAUGUUUAUCGAGUGCUGCGUGAAGUUUUGUUGUUGGUGUUGUUCAGACUCACAAGUUGUGUUACCUGUCUGCAACAGGGAUCAUGUUCAACUAUUGCUUCUCCCUUGCCUGGAAGUGCAAGUCUACAUAUGUAAACAAAUAGAUUGCUGAAUUUUAUUCACCUUGUCAAUCUAUGGUUUGGCUUCCCUAUGUCUCUCAGUUUAGCUUUGUUUAAUGGAUAUCGUUAAUUGACUAUUA